UGUUACUAUUAUUUUAUUUAGAGCUGAAUGGAGCUACUUACUUCAUGAAGCCUGAUUAACCUAUAAUCUAGUUUUCUCUCUCCUCUCUCUUACAGGGCAAAGAGGGAGAAGGAGAAGGAGAAAGAGAAAGAGCCAUUGCGACUUCCGUUUACCAAAAAACACAAGGACACUCUGAAAUUGUCAACAAACCUUUGCUAACAAAUAAACACAAAAGAAAAUCGCUGUUCCAAAUCCAACAUCAUAAUUGUGCUCUUCUCUCUCUCUUUUUUUUUUAAUUGGAUUAUUGAUUUGUACGGCGGAAGUUACGUUUGUUUGUAUGGUGCUGCUGUUGAAGGCAUACGUUUUGGAAUUUGCUCCCAAAAUUUCUUGUGUGUGACCAAUUUGAGUUCGUUGGGCUUUCACUUUCUGUAUCUGAAUCAACCUUCAACGGAGAAUUGGGUCGUUGAAUUUGAGCUGAAUUUUUGUUUUUUCUGGGAUGGAAUUGAGAAUUGACAUGGUUGCUAUUGAAAGAUUGGAGCUUUGGUUGUUUAAGAGGAGGAAGGGACUAGGGAUUUCGUUACAGAUUGCAUUUGGUUGGUGGAUUUUUCUACUGUUUCUUCACCCUGUGGCUGCACUGAGACCCUUGAGGGAGAGAACUCGUUCUUGGGGUGAUGAGUGGCUAUUUACAAGAAAAGAAGAGAGUGAUAUUGGUCCAUUUUCACAAUGGAACAUUACAGGAACUUACAGAGGGACUUGGAAGUUUCUGGAUACGGCAAAUGGCUCUUCUAGAUUUCCAGAUAUCAGAAAAACACGCGGUAGUUCCGUAAUUGAAUUAAUUAGUACGCCCACAAAGAUAACUGGAGUACAUUAUAUCCAGGGGGUCAUUAUAUACCACGAUGUUUUCGACAGUGAAUAUGAUGUUGGGGGUGCUCAAAUCAAAGUAGAAGGUGUAUAUAUUUGGCCUUUUCGACAGCUUCGGUUGGUGGCCAACAGUGGAAAAGAGGGAGACUCAAGUCAGGAUGAUGACUAUAUUUUUUCUAAUCCAUAUCAUCUGCUUGGGGUUUUCUCUUCUCAGGUGCUUCAAGAUUCUUCACGAGAUAAGAUAUGGAGAAGAAAACAUUCUCCAAUGCAUGAUAUGGAUAAACAUUGUAAUAUUGAAAUCGCUGCACAGAUUUCACGCUUGCCAUCCUCAAAAAGUGAUGGCGAGCGUGAUCGUUUUCACCUAGAAGGGUUAAUGGAGAGUCCCUCGGUGGAUGAUGAUGGGGACUGCUUCUCAGCUUUACUGUUAAAUGCAACUUCUGUUAACAUUGAGGUCUAUUACAACAAAGCAGUGAACUAUACCUUGAUGGUUACUUUUAUCUCUUUUGUGCAAGUUCUUCUAUUGAUUCGUCAAAUGGAGCAUAGCAGCACCCAGUCUGGUGCUGCUAAGGUUUCAAUAUUAAUGAUUGGCCAGCAGGCGAUAAUGGAUGCAUAUCUCUGUCUUUUACACCUUACUGCAGGAAUACUAGUUGAAUCCUUGUUUAAUGCUUUUGCAACUGCCGCAUUUUUCAAGUUUGUUGUCUUUUCAAUAUUUGAGAUGAGAUAUCUUCUCGCCAUCUGGAAGGCUAGUAGACCUUUGAGUAAUGGGGAAGGUUGGGAGACAAUGAGGCGUGAACUUUCCGUGUUAUACAGUCGUUUCUAUGGAAUCUUGUUGGGAGGCAUUCUUUUGAUGUAUGAGUUCCAUCAUUAUUUAAGACCAAUUCUUCUUCUUAUGUACUCUUUCUGGAUACCUCAGAUAAUCACCAAUGUUAUUCGCGAUUCACGCAAGCCAUUGCAUCCUCACUAUAUCUUAGGGAUAACCAUUACUCGGUUAGCAAUCCCGUUAUAUGUUUUUGGUUGUCCUAACAAUUUCAUGCGCAUAGAAUCAGAUAGGAGCUGGUGUCUUUAUUUGGCUGUAUUUAUUGGACUUCAAGCCGCAGUUCUUCUUCUUCAGCAUUAUCUUGGGUCUCGAUGGUUCAUUCCUCGUCAGAUACUACCUGAGAAAUAUAGCUACUAUAGGAGGUUUGAUCAAGAUGCAAGACAUGCUUCGGACUGUGUGAUUUGCAUGACAUCCAUUGAUCAUACUCAACGGUCUAAUGACUGCAUGGUGACACCUUGUGAUCAUUUCUUCCACUCUGGUUGUUUGCAAAGAUGGAUGGAUAUAAAGAUGGAGUGCCCAACUUGCCGGCGCUCUCUACCUCCGGCAUAGAGAGACUUUACGGUGUAUGUCCAUAGGAUCAACUGACCCCGGCUCAUCUUCGAAUUUUUUUUGGCAUUAUAUGGUUAAUGGCAUCCAAGUUUUACAUUGUUUUACUUCAAACAUUACAGGGGAGAAAUGAAAUUACACGGGUCUGGUUACCCUUUUUCUUAUGAUAUUAAUGACGGGUUUCAACCUCUAAUAGAAACAAUUUAGUUUCAGAUGCUAUGUUUUCUGUACAUAAAUUUGGGGAAGCAAUCAACUCAAUUGUAAUAUUUUUCCCCACAUAGGAAGUAUACUUUUAUUCUUUAUAUUUUAAUUGCGUUCAAGUUAGAA